AUGGGAAAUUAUAAAAGUUAUUCUUUAAUAGGGCGAUAUUUACCUUUUUUAAGAAAUUAUAAUUUUUCCGAUAAACUUCCUUCUUUAACUAGUUCACCAUUGGUAGAUGUUGAACUAUAUUCUAUUAUUGCUAUUAUUUGUAGGGAUCAUGUUAAUAUAUGGUAUGAGCAGAUGACUCAUGAUAAGAAUUUUGUUGAGGAAUUGUUAUUUUUAAUUUCUCAUAUUGUUAAAGAAUUAGAAAAAAGAUUUUUUAUGAUAAAACAUGACAUAUUGCUUUUAGAUAGCAUACCCAUGAUUGCUAUUAAACAUAUUAAUAUUCGUAGAGCAGAAAAAAUAAUAUUAACAAAUAUUAAUUCUCGUAAGACUUUUGAUGAUAUAUUUCGCGGAUUCCAAUUACAUACUGCUUUAGAUUCUCAUGAAAGUGAACAUUUAUAUUUGCGUUUAGUAGCUGAUAGUUUGAUUACAUCUCUUUUACCAUCUAAUGAUCUUAAAUCUGAAUGCGAAAGAGUUAUAAUAAGAGAAAUUCUUUCUGAUUUUGUUCUUAAAAAAAUUAUAGAUAAACUUAGUGAACCUUCUAUUUUAUUUGAGAUUAUUACAAAGUUAAUUAUUAAUUUAAAAAAAAAAUCCAUUAAAACUAAAAAAAGUAGAUUUUUUAAUAUGUUUAUUCUUAUAAAACUGCAUAAUUUUAUGUUAUUUUUAUGGAAAAAUUUAUUUAUGUCUAUUAUAAAUCCUCCACAGUUUGAGGUAUUAAAUAUUUUUGAUUUAGCUGGUUUCAAUUUUAUCUUCGAAAUUUUAGAACUUAAGACAGAAAGUCCUUACAUAUAUGUAUUUAUUCGUUUUUUUUUAAUUCCAUGUUUUUUUGUAUUUAUUGGUGAUAUGAUUUCAAUCAAGUUUUCUGAAUUUUGGAAUCAACAUAUAUUUACAGAAGACCUUGCAAUUAGAUGUUUUCGAUCAUUGAGAAUUUUGAUUGGGUCUAAUAAUUCUUCGGAUGCUUCUAAAAUUCAAUAUUGUAAAUACGAUAAUUAUGAAAUUAAAGAAAAAUUAGUGCUAGAAAUAUAUACAAGUAUACCAGUGUCUUUUAGAAAACUUUUUUUUGGCUCUAAUGAAGCUUUUAAAAAUAAGAUUAAACGAAUUUUUAGUUUAUUUGACUCAAAGUUGGCUAAUAAGCAUUUUAUAAUUUAUAUUCUUGAUCUUAUAGUGAGAAAUAUAGUAUAUGAGCUAUCAGAUACUACUCCUGAGCGUAUUUAUAUACAAAGAAUUAUCUAG